AUGGCGCAGCAGAAGAAAUUCAUUUUCCAGGUCGAGGAAGGCAAAGAAGGUAGCGAUGGCAGACCUUCAGUGGGACCUGUUUACCGCAGUAUCUUCGCCAAGGAUGGAUUCCCUGAGCCGAUCGAAGGAAUGGAUAGUUGCUGGGAUGUUUUCCGCAUGUCUGUUGAGAAACAUCCAAACAAUCGGAUGCUCGGCCGCCGUGAGAUUGUGGACGGAAAGCCGGGAAAGUAUGUCUGGCAAACUUACCAAGAAGUGUACGACAUUGUCAUAAGACUUGGAAAUUCUCUCCGAAGCUGUGGAGUUAAGGAUGAAGCAAAAUGUGGUAUCUAUGGUGCCAAUUCUCCUGAGUGGAUUAUAAGCAUGGAGGCCUGCAAUGCACAUGGACUCUAUUGUGUCCCUUUAUAUGAUACGCUAGGCGCUAGUGCUGUGGAAUUCAUUAUCACCCAUUCAGAGGUUUCAAUUGUCUUUGUGGAGGAGAAGAAGAUCUCUGAGUUGUUUAAGACAUGCCCAAACUCGACAGAGUACAUGAAGACUGUUGUGAGCUUCGGUGGUGUCAAACCUGAACAGAGAGAAGAAGCUGAAAAAUUUGGGUUGGUUAUAUAUGCUUGGGAUGAAUUUCUGCAGCUGGGUGAAGGAAAGCAAUAUGAUCUCCCCAUCAAAAAGAAAAGUGACAUUUGCACGAUUAUGUAUACUAGUGGAACCACUGGUGACCCAAAGGGAGUGAUGAUUUCUAACGAAAGCAUUGUUACCCUAAUUGCUGGAGUUAUCCGUCUACUGAAAUCCGCUAACGAAGCCUUGUCUGCGGAAGAUGUGUAUCUUUCUUAUCUUCCACUUGCCCACAUCUUUGACCGAGUUAUCGAGGAGUGUUUUAUUCAACACGGUGCUGCAAUUGGCUUCUGGCGUGGGGAUGUCAAAUUGUUGAUAGAAGACCUUGGUGAGCUUAAACCCACCAUAUUUUGCGCUGUACCUCGUGUCCUAGACAGAGUAUACUCAGGUCUUCAGCAGAAGCUUUCUGCUGGUGGAUUCUUAAAAAAGUUCUUGUUUGAUUCUGCAUUUUCCUAUAAAUUUGGAUAUAUGAAGAAGGGACAGUCUCAUGUGGAGGCCUCUCCGUUAUCUGACAAACUUGUGUUCAGCAAGGUUAAACAAGGGCUCGGAGGCAAUGUGAGGAUUAUUCUAUCUGGAGCUGCUCCUCUCGCUAGUCACGUAGAGUCAUUUCUAAGAGUGGUGGCUUGCUGUCACGUUCUUCAAGGAUACGGUUUGACCGAAAGCUGUGCUGGAACUUUCGUCUCGCUGCCAGACGAACUGGACAUGCUCGGCACAGUCGGUCCACCAGUCCCAAACGUCGAUAUACGCCUUGAAUCUGUCCCUGAGAUGGAAUACGAUGCUCUUGCAAGCAAACCACGUGGUGAAAUCUGCAUCCGGGGAAAGACCCUUUUCUCUGGAUACUACAAACGUGAAGACCUCACAAAAGAGGUUCUCAUUGAUGGAUGGCUGCACACAGGUGAUGUUGGUGAGUGGCAACCAAAUGGAGCCAUGAAGAUAAUUGACAGGAAGAAGAAUAUCUUUAAACUCUCACAAGGAGAGUACGUUGCGGUCGAGAACAUUGAAAACAUCUACGGUGAAGUGCAAGCUGUUGAUUCCGUCUGGGUGUACGGUAACAGCUUCGAGUCGUUCCUAAUCGCAGUCGCCAAUCCAAACCAGCGUAUUCUUGAAAAGUGGGCUGCAGAAAACGGUGUGAGCGGUGACUACGACGCUCUCUGCCAAAACGAGAAGGCGAAGGAAUUCAUACUCGGAGAGCUUGUUAAAAUGGGCAAAGAGAAAAAGAUGAAGGGGUUCGAGAUCAUCAAGGCGGUUCAUCUAGACCCGGUGCCAUUUGACAUGGAACGCGAUCUUCUUACUCCGACCUUCAAAAAGAAGAGGCCACAAUUGCUGAAACACUACCAGAGUGUGAUCGAUGAAAUGUACAAGACCACAAACGAACGCUUAGCUUCCAGACAGCAGUAG